CAAAUUAACUUGACGUGUGAAAAUGCGUAACUUUUAAGGAUAAAGCCAGCCGGUCAGCAUGGGAAUUUGUCAGUUCUUCAUGAGAGGAAGUUGUAAGUUCGGCUCCAGCUGCCGAUACGAACACCCUGGACACCAGACGAACGCAAACAGACAGUAUGCGGACCAGUACAAAGUUGAUCACAGAUCGGAAUACUCUACGCAGCAGAGACAGAGUGGAAACCGAUACGAGGUAUUACAAGGUCAGCAGCAACAGCAGCAGCAGCAGCAGGCGGGGACGCAGCACUUGACGACGGUGAAUCUAACGAAGCAGCACUCAAACGCAGACAUCGUUAACGCCAUCAUCACUGAGUCGCGCGUCUGGGAGGAGAGUCACAUGUGGCCGCUGUCCUGCUACGCCUACAUGAAGGAAGGACCGUGUCUGAGCGGUUUCAAUGACAUUUCCCCCGAGGAACUGCGAUGCCAGGCGUACGAAUGUGUGAGGGAAGGAAACUUCGCUAAAUAUGAGCAGGCGGCUGCGGGUUUGCUCAGCGCGUGGUGCGGCCGCAUCGCUAAGCUGCGGGACAUCCAGCAUGACCCGGACGCACGACAACGACUCCUCUCCGAGAUAGAAGAGCACCGCCGCGCAGGCUUCUCCCCCGACCUCCUCCUGCCUCCCGCCGACCCCCGCGCCACGCCGGCGCCCUCUGCCUUCACCGCGGGGACCACGAGAAGUCUGUUCGGCGGCACGACAGCUUUCGGCGGCGGGGGCGCCACCGGUGGCAGCGUGUUCGGAGGACAAGCGAACGUUGCCGCGGUGCAGCCUGCCAUCCCGUUCGGCGGGACGGUGGUGCCCCCUUCUGCGAGCGUCUUCGGUAAACCUGCGCAGAGCCUCUUCCCUGCAGGUGGCGCCACCGCAGGGACGUCGCUGUUCGGACAGGGAACGUUUGCGUCGUCCACGGCGACGACGCUGGGGUUGCAGACAUCGCCACAGCAGAGGCCCAGCCUCCUCGGCUCUCCUCCCGUCGCCCCCGGCAACGCGGGCUUCGGAUCGCAGCAGCCAGGUGGCGUGCCGAGUCUGUUCGGACAGGCGACGGCGACAACAACGGCCGCUCCGUUUUCAAGGUCGGGGUUCGGCGCCGCCUCGCCCCGCCAGGAGGGGGCGCCGGCGGCGGGGGAGGACUCGUACACGCCGCUGGAUCGACUGACGGCGGCAGAGUUGGAGCAGUAUCGCGGCGAGAAGUUUGCGUCGGGUAAGAUACCGACGCGGCCGCCGCCGCGAGAGCUAGUGAGCUGAUGUUUCCGUGAACUCAUAAACUCAAGCCUUUAGUUUUAUCGUCGCGUUUUCGAGUUCGAAUGUUUAGUAAUUAAAAUAGAAAUGGAAUUAGAUUGAAUCAGAAAUAGUUAUUCGUCACGGCAGUGCAUUUCGUAUGCGUCGGCGCGGAGCAUUUUCGUUAAU